AUGAACUCGUUUUUUUUUCGCAAAAAACAGAAGAAGGGCGACGCCACCACCACCACCACCUCGUCAUUGGCGACAGGGGCUGAAAGGGGCUAUACCGAAACACCGCUGACGGUAGGUUCCCGUCGCUCAUCUCGGCAGCUGACACCUCCAGGAGUUGCCACACCCGUUCCCUCCUUUUCAGCAAUUCAGUCCGCGCCAAUGAAAACUUCGUCGCCGUCGCUCCUUCCCGCCUUUUCACCACCGCCACGGGGCUUUCAAAAUUCCAUGACACAGUCGCAGCAAGCAGCUUCUAUGCAUCAGCCAGGCAUGCCGCCUUCGCAAUCCAUGAAUACGUCUCCAUCGCAAGAACUUGUGCACUCAUUUGCAAUGAGUGGACGGGAAAGUGUCUCUUCUUAUUCCCUGCAGCACCACGGGCAGAAAGUACUAUUGCCGCCCGGGGCGAAGCUGAUGAGCGGACCACCUCCCUCGGGCGUGAAGAUAAUGAUGAAGGGUUCUCCACUGCCUCCUGGAGCAAAGCUUAUAAAAGGACCUCCGCCGCCUGGGAUGAUGAAAAAGCAAAUGAUGCCUGGCGUACCACAUGGUAAAAUGCAAGCGCCGCCGCCAGCGAACUCGACGACGCCUGGUACAAAGAGCCUCUCGGUAACCGCUCCACCCGCACAUUCACCGCCAAAGAUGUCUGUACCUUUUGCUCCACCGUUGAAUCCAAACCAAGCGGCAAAAUUAUCGCAGGUGUUACCACCGACUCCCUCCAGUUCUCCUAGACGUGAUAGCCAUAGUUCCUCACAAGAAAAAAAGCCCUUAAGCGCUCCUAAAGUAUCUGACCCAAAACCUAAACCGCCCGCAUUCUCGUCUUGUAAGACCAAGGCGAGUGACAUAGAUGAGGUACAACUGAGGCCAGACGCCCCGCGGAACGCCAGUGAUAGUGAGAGUGAAAUUCAGUUUGUUGUUGAAGAAGGUUCCUACCAUGUGGGAACCCCGGUGUUACAGGAGUCUCCGGAACGGAUUACCGUUGCCCCUUCUAAAGGUUCCUCGAUGCGGUUUAAUGAAGAGCCAAAAGCUUUGGUAUACCCAGUUGUUAUUCAGGAUGAUGACUCGGCAAGAGCUCGAGGCAGCACGUUACGCCAAUGCUCUCAAGCGUCAUUGCACUCCUCGCCAAGCCCUUCUCAUGUAAUGCCUCUGGAGGAAACCAAAGAGUUUGAGAACGGGGUGGGAGGCCAUGAAAAAAAUAAAUCGGUUACCUCGGCAAGCCACCACGCAACUUCUGUUUCAAGCCUAGUAGCCGAAAAAAAUGUCACCACCCCUGAAAAACAAAGAACCCGAAGAGGAGUUACUGAGUAUGAGAGGAGUUCUGAAGUUUCACCGGCUGCUCUGGAACUGACGUUGACUCAGAAAACUGAAAAGGACGCACGCGCUCUAAUCUUAUCUCCUAUCUCUGAGGAAGCGAAGGAUAUGCCUGUUAGUGAAGGAAGGCUUUCCCCUAGUGUUCGAAAACGCAUUGUGGAGCAGUUUUUCUCCGUUCUCUCGCCCCAGCAAUUUUAUGGCAAGGUUACAAAACUGCAUCGUAUUCGGCUGAUGAAGAAAGACCCCGAACGGGCCCCAGGUCUCAGGGCGUAUAAAAACAUUUUCGUUGUGACAAAGGGAGUUUUGCCUAAUCAAUACUUUUACCCACAAUUACGGCUCUUGGAGUCGGAUGGAUCACGAGCGCGUUGCGACGAAUCCCCUGAAUAUUUGGACACACCCAUCGUUCUCUACGAGGCCGCACCUGGGAACAUGCUAUUUGCUGAGACGGAGCUCGAGGCGAAACAUAUCUUCGACAUCAAUUCCUCUGCUACCAGUUGUUUUGUUUUAGAUAAGUCCGCAAUUAUUUUUAAGGACCCAUUGAAGUUUGUGCUUCCAAUUGCGAUGCUGACAGUGCGUUGGAUUCCGUACUCCGUGGCACAAUCCGAACCUCAGUGUCCAGUGCACCAUAAGGAGCUUCAGCUGUUUGAUCUUUUCUCCAAGGAGCUACUGUGUGCCCUGUGUGUUUCCAAGAAGGCGUCCCACGUGGAGGACCUUAUUGUUAUCCCGGAGGUUCUUGGUGGCGAUUCUCGACGACAAAUUUUGGAGAGGCUUUCUCAGCAAGUACAAGAAAGGCAGCAAAGUGCUGCGGAUUGGGUGAAUCAGCACCAGAGGAUUGUUUCAUUUGCGAAACAAAAGAAGGAUGCUGUUAACCAGCAGUUUGAUUUACUUCUGGCGGCUAUUAAUGCUAAAAGAAAUGAGUUUUUAGAGCACUGCGACGCCGCAUUUGGAUACUCUUUGAGCAAUGUCGCAAGGGAGAUUCUCACCGAAGACGAGCGUGUUCGUUUGCUAAAGGCUGCUGUUGACCACCUGCGAACGGAAAUUACAAAGCCAUUGUAUUCAAUGCAAAUUGCCACCGUGGCGAAUGCAUUACAUUCCUCGGACGAGUUUCCGAAGCCCAUAUCGAUGGAGUCUCUUAAGCUAUCGGCUGUGGCAAAAGAGUUAACACCAAAUCUAGAGGGCGCAAUGGCGGAGGUGCAUUCUCUGUCUCCGAUGGCGCCGAGAAAUACAUUGCGUCGUCCUCAUUCUCCGUUUGGUGUCACGGGCAUGGGAUGGCGAGAAUUUGAACCAGAACAGCAGCAGCAGCAGCAGCAGCAGGAUUGGGAGGAUCAAACUCAAGUGGUGAAGAGGAAUACACACUUAGAGAGCAGGCCGUCUAGUGGAAUACCGAGACCACGUCCUUCUUUAUAUAGAAAUUACGGCCUUAAGGAAAACACUAACGGUUGCCACAGGAUACCUAAGGAAUCACCGCGAAGACGAUCGAUACCGAUUUUGCACCGCAAUGAGGGCAUGGAUUUUGGGUCAGAGGAGAGUCGUGGUGCGGUCCGGCGACGUCAUCAGAUUCAAUGGGUGGCCAUUCCGGGAUGCCGUGGAACGUGCGUACUUGAUGUGCCCAUUCAUGAACUUAUUGCACAUGGCGAUGGCAAGAAAAACAUUUGGACGAAGCCGAAAUGUCUCCAGUGGGCAUUGCGGGUGGAGGAUCCCGGUGAGUGGGUGGGCAUUGGCGUCGGUGUUGGGGGCGGCCUAAAGUCGUGGUCGGCGAAUCGCACCCCCGAUUUGAGUCAUCUUUGGGUGGUGACCUGUGGUGACACUAGGUACAUAUUUAUACUCCGAGUGACAGUACAAUCGAGCGUUAAACACGCAAAGCUCUCCAUUCACGAUGGAAAAGGGAAACGAAUUGAUGAUGGCCGGAUCCCUCAGUGGAAUGCAACACGUAGUUGUUACCCUCAAGUCACGUUUGGAGGCCGCAUUGGUGAAGUUUACCUCAUGGAUGGGCCUCGAUUCGUGUCGAACUGA